UAUAUUAUGAUUGUAAUUAUGAAUAAUAUAUAAAUAUAGAUUGUCGAUAUAUAAAGACUGAAAAUUACUAAUUCUAAGCUUAGCACUAGUUAUUUUUGGUUUUCACUGUAAGGCUUUAAAAAUGCCAAAUGAAAGAAAGAAGAGCUAAGGAUUACCCCUUCGGCACAAAAUAACAAAUCCAACGCGCUUUUCUCUCUUCCCCUCUCUCUCUCUCUCUCUCUCUCUCUCUCUCUCUCUCUCUCCUGCUUCCUCUCCUUGGUAUGUGUGUAUCUUUUGUUUCGAACACAAUGAAAACAUGUUUUACGUAAAACAGACUUUGAAUAUGUCCACCCUGUGAGAAUCUGAAGAGGCGUGAAUUCUUUCCAAGCAUGCAAAAACAAUCUCAAUGACUGAAAAUGGACGAUGACAAAGACGAUAUACUAGCAUUCCUAAUAAUUUAAUCUCUCUUUUCCAUGCACAAAUGCCUGUAGCAGAUCCCAUUUCCGGGCGCUUAUUUAUAUGGCUCAUAUCAUGCUUCUUGUUUUUAUCUAUUGCUAUUGGUGGAACUUUCCUUAUUUUGUAUAUUCUCCUCCCUCCCGAUGCAUCUAGAUCUUGGCUACCAAUCGCCGGUGUAAUUCUAGUCUGCCUACCUUGGGUAUUUUGGUGCAUCACUUGUCUUUAUCGUAUCUUUUCUAGAGCCCUUGGGUUCAGGGUUGUUCUUGGUGGCGGUGGCGGUGGUGGUGGAAAUAGUGGUCGGGCUCAUCCAAAUGUAUCAUCCUGUGAGCCUACGAACAUCGAAUCUUCCUUAGAGCAGGUUGAAGAAGGAGACGGAAAGCAUGUUAAAUUUGGGGAGGCUGUGGUGGUGGGAGACACUGACGAUUAUGGCAAUGGUGGAGAAAAUAAUGCAAAUUUGAGGGGUUUAUCAGGUAGUAUAUCCGGCAACGAUUUGUCUAUUUCUUCACAUGAGAGUGAAAUGCCAUUGACCUCAUCCAUGGCUUCUUGAAAUAUAGCUAGCAUGCAAUCAUAAUGCAGUGAGUAUCCAUAUAGAUCACAUGAUUUUAAGCUACCAUGUAAAUUGUAGGUGCAGCCCAAUUCUUGAAACCUGAAUCAUCCUCCACUUUUUUUAUUUUUCUUUUAGUAUUCUUUCUUUUCUUAUUUUUUUUAAUCUGAUUUUUUAAUUAACAGAUUUAAUACCUUCAUUUUUCUAGAUCUUUACCCAAUAGAAAGUGGUCUCAUUUAGAGCAACCAGUGCACAGAUAUACAAACUUUUUCUUUUUCUAAUUUUAUCAUAUGAAUUAUGUCAACAUUCUCUUGAGAAUUAAUUAUAUAUUAGUUUUUGUUCAGAUCACUCCAGUCAUGUUUCUUUUUUUCUUUGUCAAUGACAUUCUUUUGCUUUUCUGAGAUUAUAAUAGACAAUUGGAGUCGGGAAAUUCUUUCAUUGUUAAGCAGUAAAAGUUUAUAAUUCCAGCAAAUUCAAAGACUUGAUUGGAUUUCUUCCUCGAUAGUAAUGCAUACCCAGAAAGCAUAUAAGGGAUUGAAUCAUUUCUUGAAAAUGAGGACAAACUUCAAUGAGAUCAAAGGUAAAUUAUUAAAAAGAAAUAAAUGGCAGGAUCACUUCUACUGUCAUCUUUUUUUUUUUUUCAACAAAGAAUAAGGCCUCGUUAUAAAUAGAGUAAGAGGUAAUUUUAUCUUAAUAUUCAUUUAAUGAUAAAUAGAAAUUCUUAAUUGAAUUUAUAUUAAUUAAUAAUAUUUUAACUCCAAAAUACUCUUUAAAGUUUUGAAAUUUGAAAUUACUCUUUAUAUUUAAUAAAAUGCAAAUUAAAUGUACUUGUUGAUUUUCAAUGUUUGAGCAACUUAAAUUACA